UAUGGUAUACAUAAUAUCUUAACACAAUAUAGCCAUCAGCUUAAACUAUGAAAUUGAGAAGUUAAAAUUAUCAAGGCAAUGUUCAUAAAUAAGGAAAAGUACCAAAAUCAUUAAUUGUAAUUAAUCUAAAGAAUAUCAAUAGAAAAAAGAAGAAAACCUACCAGUUGGUCCAAUCCUUUUAGGUGUCUUUCUGUUUGUAGUAGUAGGUUCAGCAUUAUUUUAAAUACUCAAUGUUGCUUCUAGUGGAUAAGAAAUUUGAUU